AUGUAUGACCGACAGCCCGAUGGACAAUGUGCUCCUGGUACUGGCUUCUUCCAAGUCUGCGCCAAUGGCUUCCGCGGCUGCUGCAAAUCUGAUGCUUGCACUGGCAACGCUGGUGUUUGCCCCGAUAAGAAGACCAAGCGAUCUGACGACCCUACCGUCUGCCCCCCUGGAGCCGGUUUCUUCCAGUCUUGCUCCAACGGCUUCCGUGGAUGCUGCAAGUCCGACGCCUGCUCCGGCUCAGCCCCCAUCUGCCCCGACACUGUCGCCAAGCGCUCCGAUGACCCCACCGUCUGCCCUCCCGGAACCGGCUUCUUCCAGUCCUGCUCCAACGGCUUCCGCGGCUGCUGCAAGGGCGAUGCCUGCGGUAACACCUGGUGCCCCGACUACAAGACCGGUACCUACGAGCCCGCCCAGACUCUCCAGGUCAAGGCUCGCGCUGACGGUACUUGCCGCCCUGGCACCGGUUUCUUCCAGGUCUGCGCCAAUGGCUUCAAGGGAUGCUGCAAGAAGGACGCUUGCUCUCAGAAGAAGCCUGUCUGCCCCAAGUAA